AUAUAUACAUACACAUACACACAUAUAUAUACAUUCGUACACAGAUACAUAUACAUACACGUAUUAAUAUACACACAUACAUAUAUGUAUGUAUGUAUAAAUUUGUUCAUUGAAUGCACAUAAAGUAACCCUUGAAUUCUCCUUUGAAAGGUGGUGUGCUGAAGUUGGGAGUAAUCUACCAAUAUUCUUGAGCACAUAUUAUUUAAGAAUUUCCAAGUCUGUCAUUGUUCUUACCUUAUUCCAAAGGGCUGGAUUCCUUUUUUUAUCUGGUCACAGAUGAGAUUUGAACUUUGAACAAAUACCACAAGGCAUUCUAUCUGAUGCUCUAAAGACUACUAAUUUGAUACUACAUAUAUAUAUAUAUAUAUAUAUAUAUAUAUAUAUAUAUACAUGCAACCACACACACACAUAUAUACACCUGUGAUAUAUACUGAAGCACAUCAAAAGUGAAACGGGAAAAUGAAAUUAAGAAAUUUCAUGUCAAAUGUGCUCCGGAUACCCAACCUAACUGGUGGUUUUGGCAAACUACUUCCACAUCCUGUAGCUGUAACAGCUUCAUCUGAACACUAUAAUGCACAGAAAUGUCCCUUCAACCAUGUCCAGCUCCCUGAAACAUCUGACUCAGAUCAUGUACAACUCUGUCCAUUCAAAGCAAUUCCCGGUGCUCCAGGCUUACCAUUUAUUGGCAACUUGCUAGAUUACCGAGACAAAUACAAACUGUGUUUCACUGAAAUAUUUAAGAUAUUUCAUAAAAGGUCGGAGAAAUAUGGUGAAAUUAUCAAAGAAACUCUUGGUCCAGAAGAAAUCAUCUCAAUUUCAAAUGCUGAAGAAUACAUGAAUGUUAUCCGUGCAGAUGGUCGUCAACCAAUCAGACCCCCAUUGGAACCUUUGGCUCACUACCGGAGGGAAAAGGAUUUGGAAAUUGGUAUAUUUAACUCGCAGGGUGAGGUCUGGCAUAGGUACCGAAAAAUACUGAGCAAGAAACUGCUAGUACCUAAAAUGAUUACUUGUCACAUUCCCGCCAAAAAUGCCGUAGCAAAUGACUUUGUUCACAGACUGGGAUGUUUAACACAUAAAAAUAAUGGUGAAACUGAAGAUCUCCGACAAGAACUUUUCCGAUGGUCAAUGGAAACUGCUGGAGUAAUGCUGUUCAAUGAGAGAUUGGGUUGUCUGGAAGCAAACCCACCUUCAAUUGCUAUUGAUUUUGUGAAAAACCUUCAAGGAUUCCUUGGCCAUCUCAAUUACCUUUUGUUCAGUAUGCCACUCUAUAAAAUAUUUCGAACAAAACGGUGGCGAGAAUUUGAGCAUUACAAUGAUCAGCUGGUUUCCAUAGGAUCAUCUUUACUUAAAAAAAAACUGGAAAAGGCACAAGAACUUAUGCUAUCCAGUGAAACAGAUGAAGACAAACAAACAAAUAAUGAGCUACUCACACACCUUGUGUCUCAGAAACUCCUCACUAUGAAAGAAUCAAUCCAUAUGGCUAUAGAACUUUUGAUGGCAUCUGUUGAAUCAGUAUCAACCAGCACUUCAUGGAUCCUGUAUUGCCUGGCAAAUAACCCAGAUGCCCAAGAGCAGCUCUACAAAGAAAUCCAGAGUGUUGUGGGUGACAGUGAAACUGUCACGGCAGAGAUGCUACAGGAGCUGCCUUUCAUGAAAGCAUGUUUCAAAGAAGCAGUCAGGGUGUAUCCUAUAGUGUUUUUUAUCAGUCGUAUCCUACAAAAGGAUGUCAACAUCUGUGGCUACAAGGUACCCACAGGGACCAAAGUGCAGGCCAGUCUCUACAGCAUCAGCCGAGACAUCAAUUUGUUUUCAAACCCAGAGAAAUAUGACCCACACAGAUGGAUCAGAAAAGAACCUGGAUGUCGUUAUUACUAUAAUCUAGUAUUUGGACAGGGAGCACGGAUGUGUCUUGGGCGAAGAGUUGCAGAACUUGAUAUACACCUACUUUUGACAAAGAUUAUACAGAACUACCAUUUAGAAUACCAUUAUGAAGAUGUGAAACCAAAAGCUAAUAUUGUACUCAUACCCGACAGACCAAUCAAGUUGAAGUUCAUCAGGCGGAACUCAGACAGAAGAAAGAUAGAAGAAGAAAUUAAUGAAUAACACUGUCAUCCAGCCAGACAUUAAAUUACUUACACUGUCAUCAUCCAGACUUUAAAUUAAUUAUCCCAUCAUCCAAUAUUUAAUUUAAUUAUAUCAUCAUCUUUUAGAUUUUAAAUUAAUUAAACUGUCAUCUAGAUUUUAAAUAAAUGAUACCAUCAUCUUUCAAACUUUAAAUUGAUUAUACCGCCAUCAACAUCCAAUCUUUAAAUUAAUUACACCUUCAUCAUAUGGACUUUAAAUUAAUUAUUCUGUCAUCAACCAGACUUUGAUCUAAUUAUACCAUCAUCAACCAGAUUUUAAUAUAAUUAUACUGUCAUCAUCCAGGUUUUAAAUAAAUUAUGCUGUCACCAUCCAAACUUUAAACUAACUAUACUGUCAUUGUUCAUAUUUUAAAUUAAUUACACUGUCAUCAUCCAGGUUUUAAAUAAAUUAACUGUCAUCAUCCAGACUUUGAACUAAUUCUACCAUCAUUGUACAGACUUUGAUAUAAUUAUACUGUCAUCAUCCAGGUUUUAGAUAAAUUAUUCCUUCAUUUGAAUAAAUAGUCAUUAAUUACCUUUGCGAAAUUCAUGAGUUUAGAUAUAAUUGUAUUCCAUGAAGAGAAGAAUCAGAGAUUCCAAAACUAACCCUUUGUCUCCAAGAAGAAGAAUCAGGCCUUAAACAUAACAGCUUCUUUUCCCCAUGGCAUAUACAAACCAAACACACUUUUCAGUGUAAUUUUUGCUGAUAACCACCACCAGUUUUUUAGAUUCUGUUUUUAUAACCUGUUAUAAAUACUAUAUACACUUAA